UUCAGACGCGCGCGAGGCAUCACUACUGAGAGCAAGCUUGAACUAAAUUUGUGUCCAUUACAGUUUAAUUAAUGAGAGCCGUCUUCAGGAACAUUUCUGCCUUUCGGCGUCGCUCGCUAACGCCUCUUCAUCGUAUUCCAACCUCCGGCUUCACAACGCUUGAUUCUGUGACUAAAAUCGAAGAGGAGCGAUUGCCGCAUUAUGACCCAUCCGUUUUCUACCCAGUUCGCAUUGGGGAGGUUUUUGAAGACCGCUACCAAGUGCUUGGGAAGCUUGGGUUUGGCUCUAAUUCAACCGUAUGGUUCUGCCGUGACUUGCAGGAACACCGACACGUUGCCCUUAAGGUCUGCAUCUCAUCGCAAAAACCUAGCCGGGAGCUUGAGGUGCUAAAACACCUUGCCGCCACCCAGGCGUCGCAUGCUGGGGCUCACUUUGUGAGGACGCUAUUAGACUCUUUUGUAAUUCAAGGACGAGCAGGCACGCAUCAUUGCUUAGUUAUGGAGCCGCUCCUGGCAAGCCUCCAUGACCUCCAGCAGACUUUGAAUCCAAAGAGUCUCACUGAGGAUAUGCUCAAGACAUCACUCCAACAGGUGUUUGCAGGCCUUGAUUAUCUUCACGGCCGAGCAAAAGUUGUGCAUACAGAUCUCCAAGCCAAAAACAUCAUGCUCAGUUGCUCCGACUCGUCCGUCUUUGAACCAUGGGAGAAGUCAGAGAUUGACGAACCAGCGCUGCGCAAGGUGGACGGAAACCGCGUCAUCUAUAAGUCCCGUGAAUUUAACCUACAGCGAGACAUGAGAGGCAUCGGAAGGUGCAUGAUCACAGACCUGGGAAUGGCCCGGAUCGGAGUUCAGCACGAGGGAUUCGUUCAGCCCGAAGCUUAUCGCGCCCCUGAAGUCAUGCUCUACAUGCCGUGGACCUCUGCGGCUGAUAUCUGGAACGUUGGAGUCAUGAUCUGGGACCUCUUCGAAGGCGAGCACAUGUUUCACCCUGGCGGCACUGACAGAAAACUAUCCAACGCCCGAAUGUUAGGGGAGAUGAUUGCCUUGCUCGGUCCACCUCCCAGCUACCUUUUGCGUCGAGCGGACGAGACUCUAGCGUACUGGAACCACGAUGCCCAGUGGAAGGGAUUUGCGAGUAUUCCGGAAUACACCCUAGAGGAUGUAGAUGUAUAUCUUGAAGGCAAGAGUAAAGAGGACUUCAUGGUUUUUAUGCGCAAAAUGCUGCAAUGGGAGCCAGAGAGGAGAUUUUCAGCGCUUGAUCUACUCCAAGAUCAGUGGCUGAAUAGCUAAUAGGCAUUUUGCCAGGGUAGCUGUCUGCAUCUAUGAUUUUAGGAUUGUUAGGGGGGAUCACCGAAAGUAGUCGUGGCUCGUCAGCCAUUGCGAGUCACUAAGGACACCUGAUUCGACCAGACUAGAACCUGGCCCAUUUUUCGCUCAUUCAGGCGGCCCCGCAUAAUAAAUGUAUUGUAGUACAGUACAUUUGGCAAAGACCACUGCGACGCAGUAAUUUAGAUCCCACCUAAGUUCUGCAACGCCCGGACUAUCACUAUACUUUCAAUUCCCCACAUUACAACUACUUCAUUUCGACUGCUUUCUCCUCCCCGGAGCAGUUAUUCGCGGAGUGAUUGUCAUGUUGGAGUCAAGGCGUACUCAAAUUGAGAAAUUUAUCGUCAUUCUCUCACUGUAUGUAGUACACAAUCAAUUCCUGUCAUCGAGGCG